AUGCAAAUGAUGUUGUCUAAUGGUACGUCUUUAGACGCCGUCGAAACAGGCUGCCGAACAUGCGAAGAAAAAAAGUGUGACGAAAGUAUUGGUUGGGGUGAUCGUCCAAAUGGAAAUGGCAAAACGACAUUGGAUGCUCUCAUUAUGGACGGACGGACGAUGAGUGUCGGUGCCGUAGCCAGUUUACAUCGAAUCAAAAAUGCUAUUGGCGUUGCUCGUGCUGUCAUGCGUUAUUCUCUUCAUUGUAAUAUAUCUAUUGAUGAAUGGAAUCAGUGGAAACAAGGCACUUGUCAACCAAACCAUCGGAAAAACGUACCAACAGAUCCGACAACAAACUGUGAGCCAUAUAAAGCUUUCUCGUCAGCUGAAAUAGGUGAUUCUACUCGGUAUCAUCGAUUAUCUUGGGACGAACAUGACACUAUCGGUAUGAUAGCUUUGGAUCCGAAUGGUGAUAUGGAAGUAGGUAUGUCAACAAAUGGACUGAGUUUCAAGAUUUCUGGCCCUGUAAGCGAUUCAGCCGUGAUAGGAAAUGGCGCCUAUGUUGAUAAUGAAGGGGAUGGAGCAUGUGCUACGGGAAAUGGUGACAUUAUGCGACGUUUCGUCCCAUCAUAUCAUGUCGUUCAACUCAUGCGACAAGGUGAGUCACCCAGUGAUGCUUGUACAGAUGUUAUCCAACGAAUUACUAAGUAUUAUCCGGAUUUUGAUGGUGCUGUAUUAGCACUUAGUAAGGAUGUAUGA